CACAACAUUCAGUUCAACCUCGCCCUGCCUAUAGGCAAGAUCGUGUACUCACUUAGUGCGAAGUAAAAAGUUCCAAAUUUCUAAAAAACCAUAAAAAAUUGUUAUAUAUUUUCUAACAAGAACAAAAAAAAAUUUUAUAAAAAAUCUUAAAAAAAAGGCCAACCUAAAAUUGUUAUAGAAAAGUUAAAAAAAAAAAAACUAUUAAAACAAACCCCCAACAGGGUAUAAUUUCAGUCUUUACGAAAAAAACUGAAAACGUCUCGUUGUCGUCGAUUCCGAUUUCAAUUUUGAUUUGGAGAGUCAGUGUCCGCGAGUCCGGCUUUAUAAAUAUUUGGACAUACGGCCGGAGAACAAGCAUUUGCGAUCAUGGACUUCUUUGCAACGGGCGGCUUCCAGCAGCUCUACUGCGACCUGGAGGAUCAGCCCUUCUCGUACUCCCUUCUGAGCACCACGGAGGACAUCCAGCUGCACGCUCCCUAUCUUGAGGAGGAAGAGCUAGAGUCGGAGGACCCCUCCCCUGGCUACGACUUCUACGGCAUCAUCACCCUCGACGGCAACAACAAUGCCAGUAAGGAGCAGGAGGACAUCUUUCUGGACUUUGAGGAUCUUGGUCCAGACCUGUGCGACUGGGAGCAGAGAUUGCUGGACAACUUCGUUGAGAUUCCCGAGCUGGUGGACUUCCUGCCGGAACGGACGCCACUGUGUACGGACAAUUGCACAGAUUUCCUGGAGGAGAGUAACAGUAACCUGAGGCUAUCGAGCCCGCGGGAUCCCCCGCCGCCGCCACCACCGCCACCGCUUCCGGAGAUCCACGUCCGGCAGCAUCCCCACCGCAAAGGGUCGGAGGGCGGUGGCUACCUGUGCACCUUCGGCAACUGCGAGAAACUAUACGCGAAGCCCGCCCACCUGAAAGCCCACCUGCGGAGGCAUCUCGGCGAGAAACCGUACGCCUGCGUGUGGCCUGAGUGCAGUUGGCGAUUCUCCCGCUCGGACGAACUGGCCCGCCACCGGAGAUCCCAUUCCGGGGUGAAGCCCUACAAGUGCGACUACUGCGCCAAGAGCUUCGCCCGCUCGGAUCACCUCACCAAGCACCGGAAGGUCCACGAGCGGCGACUCCUGGCGGCCACCCGAGCGGGUCGCCUCUUCUCCGAGGAUGUCUACUCCGUGCGGCCGGGCCGCAAGCGGAAAAAUCAACUCUAAUCGAAGGAGGAAGGAUGUCCUAGCCGACGAGACGUAAAAAUCAGAAAAUUUCAAACAAAAAAUUGAAAAAAAGGCCUAGAUUUUAUUAUGAAGCGGUUACUAGGAAACACAACAAAUAACACAUACAGUCACAGUCACAAGUAUUUUACAAGAGUCAGUCACAGUCACAGAACAUAUACAUACACUGUAGGGAAAGCUUAGAUUUUUGGAAUUUCUGCAUCUUCCGGCAGGUAGCGGGUUCAUACAAUUGUACACCAACCAUUGUGCCCUAACACAUACAUGUUAUAUUUUUUGUUUUGUUGCGUUAAUUACACUUGGCCAAAAAAA